UGCCUGUAUGGCGUUUGCCCUACUUUGUAAAGCGUAGCCGCGUAGCCCGGCGCGUCCAAAUCUGAGUCUCGAUCGAGCGUUUCGGUCGGCCGACGGGAUGACGUUUAAAAACGCGCUGACGUCACCAACCCGGAACAUCAAUACGGGCCGACGCCGGCGGCGCUGUCGACGGGCUUCCGGUCGUUGCACGCGUGCUGACGAAGCUGCCUCAGAACUAAAAAAAGAAAAAAAAAAGAUAAAUAAAUAAAAUGACGCCUGCCUUCUCCAAGCACAAGUUCGUGCUGACGACGCUGAGUCUCGCGUUGACUCGCCUGUCGUGCUGCGCUGCCCAGAACCCAAACGUCCCGCCCAUCGCCGGCUGCUUCGGAACGAAGGGGCGAUACGAAGACGUGAACCCCCGCUUACGGGACGACGUCCUCGCCGUCGACGGGUCGCACCUGAGACCCCCGCCGUCCGGCGGCUGCACCCCCGUCCACCUGACGGCGAUCAUACGACACGGCACCCGCUACCCGACGGUCAAAAACAUCCGGAGAAUGCGGCGUCUGUACGACCUGGUGAUGGACGAGGCGUCCAACUCCGAGGAUUGGCUGGGCGAGAUCAAGAGCCACUGGGAGAUGUGGUACACCGACAACAUGGAUGGGAAACUGGUGGAGAAAGGCAGAGACGAUCACAGACAUUUGGCAGUACGUCUGGCUAUGUUGUUUCCGUCUCUGCUGUGUGUGGAGAACCUGAGGAGGCAUCGUAUCCACUUCCUCACCAGCUCCAAGGAACGCUGCUUAGACAGCUUAGAGGCCUUCCAGCAGGGGCUUCACAAACACUGGGCGGUAAAAGGGGUUUCGUAUCAAUACGACGUGAAUAAUGAGCUGAUGCGUUUCUUUGACCAUUGCCGCAGUUUCAUUGAGGGGGUGGAGAAUAACAAGACAGCGCUGAUCGAGGUGGAGAAAUUCAAAAGAGGGCAAGAGAUGGAGCGAGUCCAGAGGAAGGUGGCCAAAAAACUGAAUAUUCCUCACAAACGCAUCACACCAGAUCUGGUCGAGGCGGCAUUCUUCCUGUGCUCCUAUGAGUUUUCCAUCAGGUCCCUCAACUCCCCCUGGUGUCACCUGUUUGAUGAGGACGAUGCCAAAGUCUUGGAGUACAAGAGUGAUCUGAAGCAGUACUGGAAGCGGGGUCACGGGCACAGCAUCAACAGCAAAUCCAGCUGCUCUCUUUUCCACGACCUCUUCGCCAGACUGGAGCUGGCUGUGCAGCAGAGCAGGUUAGGCCAAGAGAUCCCUGAGGCAGCAACAAUCCAGGUGGGUCAUGCUGAGACCCUUCUCCCCCUCCUUUCCCUCCUGGGCUUUUACAAGGACCAGACCCCUCCCACCUCGGAAAACUACUCCAAACAGCAUGGUAGAAGUUUCCAGACCAGCAAAGUCGUCCCAUACGCCGCUAACAUGCUCUUCGUCCUGUACGACUGCCACCCAGAGCCCAGGCUGCAGUUUCUCCUCAACGAGUCGCCGGUUCAGUUUCCCGGGAUGGAGGAGGACGCUCCACUCUACCAGGAUGUCCGUCAGAGGUACAGGCACCUGUUGGAAGGCUGCGAUUUCAAGAAGGAGUGUGAAGUUAAGCCCAGGGAGAGACACAGCCAUGAUCGAAACUCUGAGCUCUGAACCCCCUCGGGUCCUAGAACAACGGUGGACGAGUAACAUCUCAGAUAUUCUGAUGGACCUCCUUUUUAAAAGGUGGUAUUUUGGUUUGUUUUUGUUUUCCUCAUAUCUACCACUGGGUCCAGUUUGAGAUUUUUUUUUUUUGAAGAAUAGAGUUACGUAUUUAUGAUUGAUUGGUUCUUAAUUUAUUCUUUUAUCCUAUUUGACUGUUCAGUUUUAAUGUGUCCCUGGAGAAUUCCUGUUUGUUUGUGUUCUUAUUGUCAAUAGUAAUGACAGAUGAGAGGGGAAGGAGGGAUGACAUGAGAUACAUCCAGACAAACUGAACGCCAUUUUUACAUGUGGGAUAUCUCCAGCACAUGGCAGCUGCCUCAGUUUACCCUCCUGGGUCCUUUAGGUGGGCGGGAUUGUGGGGGCUCUGUCAUUAUGGCUGAGAUGAUGUCUCCCUCAUUAACCAUAAUCAAUAUUGUUUGAGAACUAGGGAUGCACCCAUACAAUGCUGGUGCCGGAUAUCCGGGUGAUACCAGACUAAAAUGGGUUAUUGGUAUGGGAGAUUUUACCAAAGACUAAAAUCUGACGCCAAAGCCAUGAGGAACAUGUCACAUUUAAAGUAAAACAUGUCUUGUUUUACAGCAUUUUUGGCACAUACUAGAAGCCUGUGUUUGUAUCUUCUUCUUUCGGCUUAUUCCCUGUUUCGCAGGGGUCGCCACAGCGGAUUUUACAGUUUCAAUUGAUACCGUGUGAGGGCACAGCACCAGUGGCGGCCGUUGGUAACCUGGGCUUUGACCGAUCCGGUUUGGAGCCUUGACGAGCCGGUAUGGUCUUGUCAAUCCACAUACAGAUUUGGCAAAAUUUUUACGUCGGCUUCCCUUCCAGACACAACCACUAACCCUACGGAUGGGGGGCACAGGUAAAGCGCUGGAUGCUGUCCAAGUAUUCAUGGACUUGCACCCAUGCCUGUCACCUGAAAAAAAGCCUUCAAAAAAAGGAAAAAGCCUUUCUCUUUUUUUUGGAAGCCUGUAUUUCUAUAAUGUUGGGGGGAAAAAUUGAUUCUAUCAGAUUCAAAUGGCUUUAUUGGCAUGACGUAACGAUGUACAUGUUGCCAGUUCUAUCUCAGUUACUUUGCCAGCUGACCCAAAACUAAUGGCCUACGCUGCUCAACAAACGUAAUGGAUCGGGGGCGUCCGGGUACCGUAGCGGUCUAUUCCAUUGCCUACCAACACCGGGACCCCGUGUUACCUCCGGCUUGGUCGGGCGUCCCUACAGACACAAUUGGCUGUGUCUGCGGGUGGGAAGCCGGAUGUGGUUAUGUGUCCUGGUUGCUGCACUAGCGCCUCCUCUGGUCAGUCGGGGCACCUGUUUGGGGGGGGGGGUAGCGUGAUCCUCCUACGCGCUACGUCCCCCUGGUGAAACUCCUCACUGUCAGGUGAAAAGAAGCGGCUGGCGACUCCACGUGUAUCGGAGGAGACGUGGUAGUCUGCAGCCCUCCCCGGAUCAUGAGAGGGGGUGGGACGUGUGGGGUAAUUGGCCGGAUACAACUUGGCAGAAAAAGGGGGGAAAAAAGAAAAGUAAUGGAUCGGAUCGGUGCUCUGUACGUGACGAUACUUAGAGUUAUACUCGGAAUCAGUAUGGGCAAUGAAACAUAAUAAUAAUAAUAAUAAAUCAAACUCAUAUAGCACUCUUCUAAUGCUCAAAGUCGCUUUGCAUAUGAUAUUGAUGCAUCCCUGGUUAGCUCUGUGCUGUCACUCUGUCUUACAACAGGUCAUGUUUGGAAAGUUCCGGUUUUAUUGUCAAGCUUUAUAGAAGGUGCAGGGAAUAACCUUAUAUCAGCUGACUGAGGGAGAGGAGUUUUGCACUGCAAGACGAACACUGAUUUCUACUAACGUCAGAAAGAACUGGUUGCAGGAUGGUGGUGGUGGGGGUUGUUAAGGUGGCUUUGUGGUUAGCUCUGCUGCCUCACGUUGGUCCCUGGUUCUGUCUCAGGUCACCUGUGUGGACUUUGUAUAUUGUCGAUACAUUUGCAUGGGUUUCUUCCCAGUCCCAGUUACAUCCAUGAUGUGAGCCAGAUCCCUGUAACUCUGAACUGGACCAAGGUGUUCUAGAACAUGUUUAGUUUGCUGUCGUAUAACCAAUAAAGGGUGGAACACUUGGCUGCCACUGCAGUUGGUGCUAAAAAAAAUUGGGGGGAGGGGGGCGCAAUUUACCUUGGCGCAGCACACCUGACAGCUGCUUUAAUGUUCACACAGUUAUGAAGGACAAUGUAGCCUAUAGAUUUUAUCAGGGUUGGUAGACGGUGGAUGAUUGACAGUCGAGACGAGGCGUCGUGGUGGGUGUGAACAUGAUUGACAGCCACGAGAAUUAUCCAAUCACAUUAGAUCCAAAAAACAUUAAACCGAUACCAAUUCACUGCCAGUAAAAGUGGGGGUGUCUGGGGCACCCAGAACUGCGCCCCCAUGGAAAAUCUGAAGAAACCAAUCAGACAGCAGCCUCAGGUCACCUGCUCACCACAAGUUUGAGGGCUUACAUGAGGUAUGGUUUGGCCGGCGCCCCUCACCCAGGAAGCAUAUGUAUUCAGACAGGAACCAACCAAACACCAUUUGAACCCAUAUUUAAUGGCUGCUGACAGGCGCUCAGACUGAAAAACACUUUUAUUUCAUAAUUAAUUUGCAUUAUACAGCUAAAUUAUAUUUAAGAUGUUUAAGUAGAUGUCCAUCUCUUGAUGUUUGAAGGGGGCAGCACCCCAGCGCCCUGUACUGGCCAGCCGCCACUGAAUAGCACUGCGGGGUCGAUAAGGGGAUGGGAGACUAGUGUACAUCUGUACCUGUGCCUUGGUAGUCUUGAACUGCCUACUGCGAUGGAUGCCUUUGGUUAGUUUAUGGAAGUUCUAUGAUUUUCUUUUCUUCGCUUGGUUGAUGCUUCGACAUACAUGGGUUGUUCCGCGGUUUCUUUGAGAGACGGGACCUUCGUUUUGAGCAGUAAUAAAUCGAGGGCCGUCAACGGUGAUCUAAACGUAACGCUUCCUACAGUGUUCUUGUGCUUUUCAUGUCCUGCUUGACUGCUGCAGUGUGGUGACUACUGAGGAUUUGAUUGAGAAAGAUUAUCGCCAAAUGGUUUUUUUUUUUUUUUUACUGAAAGCUUUAAUAAACAUUUUCCAAAGA